AAUAUAAGUUACAAGAAAAACCAACAAAAUAAUGUGUUCGGGUCUGAAUUAGUUCGGGAAGCAGGCUCAACCCAAUUAUUUAUCGGAACAAAAUCACAUAACCAGAACCGAUGUAUUCAGUUCGGUCGGUCGGGUAGAACCGGGCCCAUUGACAGCCGUACGUAGAAGAGACCGAAGCAGGGAGAUACGUGUAUAACACCUAAUAAGCUAAGAAUGGAAAGAGAAGGCGGGCUCCAUGGUCGCAACUCGCAUAUCCAUAAUUUCUCAAAACUCUCUUGAACCAAAGAAAACGCAGCGACGCAGAGGGAAGCAGAUAAGGUUCCUACCAUCUCUCUCUCAUGCACUUUCCUUACUUCUAGUGUGCUGCAAUAGCUUAACUAUUAGAUCUUCCAGCCUUGUGAUCUUUGUCCUUCUGUCCAUGGUUUCGGUACUUCCGACCUGCAUUCACCUCCCCAAAUUUCCUCUCCUUUGUAAAACCAACAUCUCCAGAUCUCUCUGCCAUGGUCGAGCAUCUAUGCUUAACUCUCGGAAAUGCCGAAUUAGAUUACCAGUUAAUGUGGUCGGCACGAACUCAUUUGACUCGAAUUAUCUAGAGCAGCAGCAACAGCAACAACAACAACAACAGCCUAGAACUUUGUUUCCUGGCGGGUUUAAACGACCCGAGAUCAAGGUGCCUACGGUGGUGCUGCAAUUGAAAUCUGAUGAGGUGUUGAGGAGGGAAGGCGUUCUUGAUUCUAUUGAUGCAGCCGUCUCUAAGUGGGUUGGAAUUGUUGUGCUCAAUGACGCAGAUGGAAGUGGUGGGCGGUUGUAUGAGGCAGCGCGCUUGUUGAAGUCAGUAAUUAGAGAUCGCGCUUAUCUGCUUAUUGCCGAGCGGGUUGAUAUUGCAGCUGCUGUUAGUGCCAGCGGUGUUCUGCUCUCUGAUCAAGGUCUUCCUGCUAUUGUUGCAAGGAAUAUGAUGAUGCAAUCCAAAUCUGACUCUGUUGUUCUCCCUUUAGUUGCAAGAAAUGUACAAACUGCAAAUACUGCUUUAAGUGCUUCCAGCUUUGAAGGUGCUGAUUUUCUUAUAUAUGAUACCGGUAAAGAAAUAUAUGAUGAGGUACUGGUCAAUCCUGUAUUCCAGAAUGUCAAGAUACCUGUUUUCACCUCAUCUGCUUUGCUGGGAUGGGAACCACCAUUUACAGAAGAAGCAUCAAAAUUACUCAAAUCAGGUGGUAGUGGGUUAGUUAUUUCAUUGGAAGAUAUGAAGAUGUUUAGUGGUGAUGUUCUGAGCAAACUGUUUAAUUCUAUAAAUGUAAUCAAUAAAAGAACACAGGAUGAACCUCGGAGUUCCAAUACACCAGAAAAGGCAGACUUUACCAAGGACUUAACUGGGAAAGAAGGAUAUGCUGGCUUUUUUAAAUUGGAAGAUAGAGAGAAACAAUUCAUAGAAACAGAGAGAGUGGUUUUAAAAGAGGCAAUUGCUACCAUUCGCAAAGCUGCACCACUGAUGGAGGAGGUCUCACUUCUUGCCGAUGCAUUUUGUCAACUUGAUGAGCCAUUCUUGCUGGUUAUAGUGGGAGAAUUUAACUCUGGUAAAUCAACUGUUAUUAAUGCCCUCCUUGGAGGGAGAUACUUAAAAGAAGGAGUUGUUCCUACAACUAAUGAGAUUACUUUGUUAUGCUACUCUGAGUUGGAUUCUUAUGAGCAAGAGCGUUGUGAAAGGCGUCCUGAUGGUCAGUUUAUAUGCUAUCUACCUGCACCAAUUCUCAAGCAACAGAUGAACCUUGUUGAUACACCAGGAACUAAUGUGAUUCUCCAAAGGCAGCAGCGCCUUACUGAAGAGUUUGUGCCACGUGCAGAUUUGAUCCUUUUUGUUAUUUCUGCAGAUAGACCAUUAACGCAAAGUGAGGUUGCAUUUCUUCAUUAUAUUCAGCAGUGGAAGAAAAAAGUCGUAUUUGUGUUGAACAAAUCUGAUAUCUAUAGGACUACCAGCGAGCUUGAGGAAGCUAUUGCAUUUAUCAAAGAGAACACAGGGAAACUGCUCAAUGCAGAAAAUGUGACAUUAUAUCCUGUAUCUGCACGGUCUGCACUUGAAGCAAAACUUUUAGCUUCUGCAAGUGCUGGAAAAGAUUAUGAAGAAUUGUUAUGGGGUAAUCCUCAUUGGAGAACCAGUUGCUUUGAUGACCUUGAAAAGUUCUUAUAUAGUUUCUUGGAUGGUUCAACAAAUAAUGGAAUGGAAAGAAUGAAGCUUAAGCUUGAAACACCAAUUAGGAUUGCAGAUCGGUUACUUUCUGCUUGUGAAGUUCUUGUCAGAGAAGAUUGCAAAUCUGCCAAUCAGGAUUUAACCUUGGUUAAUGAAAUGGUUAAUAGUGUAAAACGGUAUGCCGCAAAGAUGGAAAGUGAGAGUCUGUCUUGGAGGAGACAGACUUUAUCACUGAUUAAUAAUGCAAAAGGACGAGCUUUGAAGCUUGUUGGAUCUACUCUUCAAUUGUCAAAUCUUGAUCUUGUUGCUUCCUAUGUUUUCAAAGGCGAGAAAUUGGGUUCAAUGCCGGCCACCUCAAGCAUUCAAAAUGAAAUUAUAAGCCCUGCACUUUCUGAUGCACAAAAACUACUUGGGGAGUAUUUGAUUUGGUUACAAUCAAGUAAUGUUCGUGAAGGAAGACUCUACAAGGAAUCAUUUGAGAAAAGAUGGCCGGAAUUUGUCUACCCACACAAUGAAGUGCAGUUGGAGGCUUAUGAAUUGCUAAAGAAGGGAGAGGAGCUUAGCCUAAAAGUAAUAGAGGACUUCAAUGCUAGUGCUGCAGCAAAACUUUUUGAGCAAGAAAUCCGUGAAGUGGUUUUGGGGACUUUUGGAGGACUGGGGGCUGCAGGUCUGUCUGCUUCCCUGCUAACUUCUGUGCUACCAACCACAUUGGAAGAUCUUCUUGCUCUAGGCCUUUGUUCUGCUGGCGGUUUAUUAGCAAUUUCAAAUUUCCCCACCCGUCGAAGGGAGAUGGAGGAUAAGGUGAAAAGAGCAGCAGAUAUAUUGGCACGUGAAGUCAAAGAAGCUAUGCAAAGAGAUCUCUUGAAGACCAUUGAGGAUCUUGAAAACUUUGUCAAACUCAUCAGCAAGCCUUACCAGGAUGCGGCACAAAGUAGACUAGACAAAAUAUUGGAGAUUCAAGAGGAAUUAUUGAACGUUGAGAAAAGACUGCAAACAUUACAGAUUGAAAUUCAAAACCUUCAUGUAUCUUGACGUUGUUUAGUAUUAGCCACAGAAACAGAGCAAGUUCAACUCCCCUCAUCCACCUCUCUUGUUAUGCGUGGAGACAUUCAUCCUGGUGAUGAAUGCUGAACGGAGGCAGGAUGUUGUAACGUCAUUUUAUCAAAUUCAUGUAACAUGUAUCAAAUGGAACUACCAUAUUUUGUUUGUAUUUGACUAUCCUCCUUAUGAGGAUUUACAAGUUGAUCAAGAGCCCAAUUCCUUGAUGUACUAAUAGUAUUAAAACCAAACCAACUAGCAAUGUAUUAAUAUUAUCAAUGCAAACAUGUAUUAUGAUAUAAAAUGAAGCAAAAAUUUUCCUUUUA